AUUGACGAAUGCGGCAGGCUAUGGUUACUUGAUUCAGGAGAUAGAAACAACGGGCAGAUUUGUCCCCCGCAAAUAUUAGCAUUUGACUUGGAAACAGAUACAUUGCUAUAUAGAUACGAAAUACCCUCUAGUCAAUACGAGUACAGAUCACUUUUCGUAACUCCGAUUGUAGAUGUGCGAGAUGAAGAAUGCAACGACACCAUGGUGUAUGUCGCAGAUGCUCUAGCAUUUUCCAUCAUUGUCUACAACCCAACGUUGGGAGUCUCAUGGAGAGCAACUGACGAAACAAUGUACGCUGAUCCUAACUUUGGAACUUAUGAUAUUCAUGGAAUUAGCUUCGACUUAUUGGAUGGAAUAUUGGGCAUGGAUCUUUCACCUUACAAACCCGGAAGUGACAGAAUACUUUUCUAUCACGCCAUGUCCAGUAUCACUGAGAACUUUGUUUACACGUCAGAUCUCAGAAAUCGUACCAGGUUUGAGAGUAAUCCCCAAUCAUCCCCAGAAAUAUUCCAUGUAAGUUUUUCGAUAUACAAUGUUCAACUACGUUGGGUUCAUGGUUCUUUAUUUCGAAUUUGGAAUCAUGUGUAUUCAUAUCCAUGAAUUUAGCGUCAUGGG